AGAGUGCAAGGACGGGGGGGACACCGAUUCACAGCCCACGAAACGCUGCUGCGCAGGGCAGAGGACGGACCGAUUGCGUUGGUGCCGCAGCUCCCCGCGCUUCUUCCUCCCGCUGCCCCUCUCAACUUCCAAGCUCUUCCCCCUGCCCCGUACUAAAUGCCUCCCUUCUUCUCUUACACCACUCUCCCCUAUCAACUCACGGAGGACCCUUAUCCUAUGCGCGAGUUCUCGGAGUAUGUGGUGGAGCUAACUGACGUGGAACCGCUGCCCUUCGCAGACGAAGACGCGUGGGAGUUGCACCGUGCGCUGUACAAGUCGGUGGCGUUGGGGAUGUUCCGAUUCUUCGUGGAUCACGAAGACCACUGCAUCGGGGAGCACUUCGUCGUCUACUACGUCAUCACACGGCCCAAGCCAGCGCAGAAGGAGGGGACGGUGGCGCUGUACCCAUUCGCCCAGCUCCAGAUGAUCGAUCCGGGAUUGUUGGAGCUCAUACAUCUUGAGCUCCUCUCCAUUGUGCAAGUGAUCGCGGGCGAGGAAGAGGAGAUCCAGCCACGAUUGCGGACGGCGACGGCCCCGCGGAGAACGUACAACGCGGUCGUCAUCCCGGAUUACAUUGCGCAGCGCGCGGAGAGGUUGGACAACUUCCCGGAGGAAAAGCCGUUGCGGCCUCCCUCGUCGUAUCCCCGACCGGCGCCACCCAAGGCCCCCAAGAAGACGCCGAAGAGGAAGAGACGCCACCCGUCGCCAGGAGCGCAAGGCAGCAGAAUCGGUGGCGGCAAGGAGGUGAUUCAGCCCGCAUGUACGUGGAAUCUUGACCCUGCGCCUGGGAGUGCGGCGACGCUCGUUAAGGCGACUAUCGUGCCAUCGCCGCCCUUCCCACGCGUGCCCGAUAUCAAUCUUGAUGGAGCCGGGCCAUCACCAGCAGCAGCAGCCGGGGGAGGAAGCCGAAUGGGAAUACCGGAUCCCAUAUCCAGACCCCCCGUCCUCGCGGGACCUCUCCGCUCCCGCCAGCCACCCCGGGGUGCCCCGAUCAUUGACAUUAGCAGUUCCUCCGAGCCGGACGGUCCAUCCGACAGAGGUGGAUUUCAUGGUGGAGCCCACCACCAUCAGGCUCGAGGUCAUCGCGGGGGCUCCGCGCCCUGAUCCGGCGUGGGAGCCAUAUCUGACACCCCCUUUUCAAGGGUGUAUUGCGGGGCGAUUGGCUGGGACGCUUAUCUACGAGACCAGGCAGCGUC